ACUUCAAAAUAUAGCAGGACAGUUGGCAACUUUAAGACCGAAAACUGCCGAAAAGUACUUGUCACUUGAUAAUCUGUUGUUUUCUGUGAUGGGUUUAUUUUGGCGGGUGUACAUAUAAUUGUAAACAAAAUAUUUCAUCAGACGAUUAUCAGAUAAUGGAUCCAAGUAAAGUGUUUAACAAAUUAAAAGAGCUUGGGCAUGUACACAGUAAACGUGAAGAACUACGUGAAUUUUGUAAACUUAAAACAGAACAGAUAUUAAAGUUCUUACCGCGGCGUAUUUUAAAUAGUGAUGGCUGUGACGUCUUAGACUGUAUUUUAAAUGGAUUUCCCGAAAAUGGAACAGCGGCGAAAGUCAAAGUUAAGAUCGUGGAGAUUGUCCUCCAAACCAUGCGGAAAGAGAAUACGUCUCUUACUCACUGCAGUGAUGUGACCAGCAGGCUGUGUCUGGAGCUACCGAGGCUGCCUGUAGAGGACUUAGUGCGAUGGUGCAAUGAUAGCAUACAGUCAAUUGUGGAUGAUAGCGAUGUUAAUAUGAUUUGGCGCGACGUGCUUCCGGAAUGCAUGAAUGCGAUUACAUCACAAGACACCAUCAAACACUGUGGCUCCGAGCUAAGUAGUACGGAGUACAAGGAGCAGUGUGUCCACACGCUGUGUCAGUGUCGCUGGAAAGAGGGGCAGCUUGUACAGCUUGCUGCUAUGUUCAAGGACAUGCAGUUAUCUAAGAAUGACCACAGGCAGGUGGUCAACAAGAUAUGUUCAUAUAUAAUAGAUACCCCACCCGACACACUGCCUCCUCUAGUCCAUCAGUUGUUAAAACUAUGCAAGACGUACAAUUUGGACACAGUACUGUCUUACCUGAGCUUCUACUUCAGCACUCGGCUGUACAGCAAGCUGGAGCCGCCGCCGCAAGACUCCGAGUCAACCACCAUCGAUAUUGAUGAUAUAGUCCCGCACAGCUCGGCAGAGCUAAGCCGCUGCCUGUCGACGUGCCUGUUCCACACGUCGCGCGGCGCGGCCGACCCCGCGCAGGUCCGCCGGCACGUGAGGCUGUGGCCGCGCACGCAGCUGCUGCGGGCGCCCUUCAUCAUAGACCUGGCGCUCGCCAUGUCGGAUAAGGGCGCUGACUUCAGAUCUGUGUGUUUAGAUGUAAUAAGAUCGGCGAUAGAGCAGCGCGCUAUGGAUGACUUGAGAUCACGAGAGUCAGCGUGGGUACGCUCUGUGAUACCACCUGAUGUCAACGUGGUCAGCGUGCUCAAACUUAUUACUACUGAAAGUGCCAACCACAGACAGCUAACAGUGGUGGGUCUAAUCAACCUAGCAUUCUUAUUACUCUCGGUGAAUCGACUGAAGCCAGUGGCCCCUACUUGCUGGUCGCACGGUAAGCUGAUACUAGUCCGGCUGUGCAAGGCCCAGCCCGAGACAGCGGGACACAUACUGAGCCAGCUCGCGGAUAAACUGUGUGGAGAUGCGUCACAGAAACAGUAUGCAGACUGCUUAUACAUACUAUGCAAGUUGACCCCGGUGUCAGUAGAGCGUUGCUCAGCCCUAAGCUCCAUAGUGGAGGGCUGCCAGGCGUCCGGCGCGGACUACUCGGCGGCCGCGGCGGUACUCGACGCCGUACACCCGCUGCUUAACUUCAGUACUAGGACUAGAGAUACACUGGUCAUGGUGUGCAGGAAGGGAUUGUAUUCUAGAGACUCCCAGCACCGCUGCGUGGCGCUGUCGGGCUUGCUGUCGCUGCUGCGCCACGUGCGCGUGAGCGGCGCGCCCGGCGCCAGCCACACCGACCAGUCCCACAGCGACCAGUUCAGCGCGCACUCCUACCUCACGCAGCUCACCGUGGACCUGCAUGCCACGCAACAGGGGAAUGUGGUAACAUCGCGAGUUCGUAACGAAGCGAUGUGUAUGGAAGUAGUGUCCAUACUGCGGCGGUGUCUCGUGCAAGACGCGCUCGUCAAACAACUGCUUUAUACACAAAUAUACGACUGCGCAAAAGACAAACCGUCUUUACAUGAAUCGAUCCUGGAACUUCUGUAUGAGCAUUUGAGCAAGUAUUUACCCGACGGGGAUGGGGUUGCCACUUUACUCUUCAAUAAGUGUGUGCAGAUGAGUGGUGCUGGCGCCAUAUUAGUUGAACCGAUAGCCCGCCUCCUGUACUCAGUCGCUCAGUUCCUCCAAGCUACGGAGGAGGAGGAUCUCGAAGACAUCCUGUCCAGCCAGCCCGCGGAGUCCGGACACGCCUUCUUGAAGAACAAGCUCUCUGCUAUCAUGACGAAGUUGUGUGGAAGUGAUAGUUUUGGGAAUAUUGAUAUGGAGGAUCCUGGCCUAUCAGACUUGACGCCUGAAUCGAAAGCUAAGUGUCUGAAGGUGCAACAGAUACUGCAGUGUUACGAAGCUCUCAUCGCUCACCAGAUAAUGCAGUGGAACCAGAACAGUACGAACGCAGCCAACAUCGUUCACAAGCUGUUUAAAGCGUGCAAUGAACUGUUGGAACAGACGAAGGUGUUACCAAAAUCAAGCAAGAAAGGCAAUAAGACUCUUAAUGAGACACGAGAGACGGUAAAGUCGCAAAAGUCGCAAAAAACGCAAAAGUCGCAGAAGGAGAAAGGGAAAGCUCCAGUCAAACUGGGUAAUCUAGUCAAAGAUAAGGCGGGACCGUUUAAACAACUGCCUUGCCUGUGGGACCUGAAGUUCUGUUUGAGAAUCGUUGAGUUGUUGUACAGUGAAUUCGUCCCCUGGAGCUCCCUGGAUCAGCGCAACCAUAUCCGCGGUCGCCGCGACUUCCACAUCUGGUCGCUGAAGAACGUGCAGUCCGUGUUGCUCGGGGACCGCCUCGACAAGAAGGCAGUAGCCACGCACGUCGUCGGCAUAGCUGCGGUUAUCUACAAUAGAUGUGUUUGUAGGUUUCAAGAUAUGUGUGAUUUCGACGAUCAAACGACUCUUAGUUGUUUGGAAGUUUUCAAGACCUGUCUGACAUUAAUGUUCUCACCUAAGUAUUCGUUGAAGAUGGAUGCAGUGUUGUCUACCUGUCUUGUUACUGUCACUGAAGGCAGAGCGCCAACCGGACCAGAAUGCAUAGCAACCAUCUUAGAAUCGAUCCACAGUGCACUCCUACACAUAGAGGACGAGAGCGUGCCGGACGAAAGAGAUCUGAUCGUUAAGAAACAGCUGGCGGUACUCAUACAGAUAGCGACACUGUUGCUAGAAACGCCCAUCGCUACGUGCCCGCAGAAGACUAGCAUACUAGUGAAGUUCGAAGACUACAUCCGCACUAGCAAGCAAGACUGUCUCUCGCUAAUAGGUCCGCUACUGACUGCAUUCUGCAGCGAGCAACAAGAAGCGCCACUUCUAGACGAACUACUUGCGAAACUGUCGUGUGCUCUCGGCAGGAUUGAUGAGGAAGACACAUCAGCAGGCGAGGACACCGCCACGUUCCCCGCUAUCGAGGCGCGCAGCGGGCACGGCGUGCUGGGCGCGCUGUGCGGGGCGCUGGCGCGGCGCGGGCGCGCGGCCGAGCAGCUGCUGGGCCGCGCGCGGGACCUGGCCGCCGCCAGCCGGCCCGCCGCGCACUCCGCGCAGCUGAGGAUCGAGAAAGAACUGACGGAGUUGUACAAGUCCCUGGUAGUGCAGCUGUGCCAGCUAACGUCGUGGACGCUGUCCUGCUGCAAGCUGCGCUGCUGCGCGGGCGCAGGCUCCGAGCGAGUGCUGGGCGCCGCCGUCAGGCUGUACGCGCUGCUGGCCGCGCUCGCCAGGCAGCUACAGGUCGGACUGGCGCAGACAGUGAGGUUCGAGCGCCUUCUCAAACUAAGCGGCAAGAAGCUAUCGACAGUGACAGACAACUUGAUAACAUACUUAGAGGCGUCGCAACAACAGCACAACGCAACCAAAGUGUUGCGGGAGACUAAACUAAUACCGCGACUCGUGUUGGAGGCCGAGACGUUCAGCAAGCAAGUCAUCUUGCUGGCUAAUAAGGGGAAUUUGAAUUACCAACAGUACUUAUCGUUGGGAACUGCAAGAGAUUUCAGAAUCAAAGCGCCGGUGUUACAAGAAGUCCUCAACGCCCGAGAACAAGCUGACGAGACUAGGGAAGAAGACGUGGAUAUUAAUGACGCUACAACAGAAAUCAUUCCGCCGGUAGACGAUGACAACGAUAAUGAGGAGGAGAUUGAAGAAGACAGCGACGAAGAAGCUUCUAGAAGGAAACGGAGAAGAGUCUCUUAAUGUUAUUAAUUAUCUAUUACGUUUUAAAUAAAUAUUUUUAUUCAAAAGCUUUA